GUGUGUGUAUGUGCCUGUGCCUGUGUAUGUGCGUGUGCGUGUGUGUGCCUCUGUAUGUGCCCGCUAGAUGGCGCUGCUCUGCGAGCUGGCGGCUCAUUUAGUUAUUGCGCGCCGCGCUCCUCUGAUUGUUGCUAAUAAAACGCGCAAAGCCGAAUUAUAUAGCUAAGCAACAACAACAAAUAAAUUUCAAUUUAUUACUUAGCAUAACAAAAUCAACAACAGCAGCAACAACAACAACAUCGACAGCAAUCGCAGCAGCAACAAUUGCUACAACUGUUUCGCGCUUUUCGGUUUACGGUUUGUCGGUUGUCGUCGUCGUCGCCACCGUCGCAGUUCGUCAUUUGAGUUGCACCUGUAACGGUCGCAGCGGUUCGCUAUGUAUCGUCGUCGUCGUUUGGCAGCCGCUAGUUUCAUCUUCGAAGUGGGCAAAUCGCAGCAACAAUUGCCAAUAACCAGCAGCAACAGCAACUCUAACUAAAAAAAACAAAAAAUAUAUAUAUAUAUAUAUAUAAAAACAUUAAAUUAAAAUACCAAAAACAAAAAAUUUAAAUAUAUACUAGCACAUAUAUCAUUUUCUUCGUCCACAAAUAAUCCAAGAGUAAUUGUCAGCAAAACUGGAUUAUUUGCUGAAAACUUUGCGCACGCUGAAAUCCAAUUCGAUUAUGGCCGAGAAUCAAAGCGCUGCUAACGAAGAUUCCGGUCAGCAACAACAGCAACAACAGCAACAGCAGCAACAUCAACAACAACAUCAGCAUCAGCUCAGCACAGCAGCAACAAUUGCAAAUAGCGGUCAGGCCAGCGGCAGCAAUUCGGCAGCCUCAUCGCCCGAAAGUUCACAGGAGACGCACAGCAUCGUAGCCAACACAGCAGCAACAGCAACAUCAACAGUAGUAGCAGCAGCAGCAACAACAACAACAACAGCAGCGGGAGUACGCCGGUCGAGCAAUAUACCACAGCAACAGCAACGCGCCAGCAUCAACAUGUUCGAUCGCCAUCUGAAUGCAAAGUUCAAGCCCACAGGUGGGGCAGCUGCUGGUGCGGGCAAUGCGCCCGCUCGUCGCAAUUCCAUACAGACGCCGGGGCGUGGCGUUGUGGGCGUGGUUGGCACCACCAGCAUCAAGAAGCCGCCGUUGACCAAGGUCAAUUCGCUGAGCGGCAGCGGGCAACAUCAUCAUCAUCAUGUCUCGCACUUGCAUCAUCAGCAGGCGCAUGCGCAUCAGAACAACAGCAACAAUAGCAACAACAGCAACAGCACCAACAACAGUAACAACAUUCAGCGCACCACCAGCGAAAGCCUGCGCUUGAAUGCGUUGAGUCGCGGCAAUGCAACGCCAGCAACAGCAACAGUUGCUGACGGCAGCGUGAGUGUAUCGCGUGCCAGCAGCAACAGCAGCUUGUCGCUGGCGCCGAAAUCGAGCAGCAGCAAUCACUCGACGGCGACAACGGCCACAGCGGCAACUAGCAGCAGCAGCAACAGCAGCACCAACACCAGCCAUGCUGCUGGCAACAACAAGCCCAGCUCGCCCAACAACAAUGGCGGUGCGCUGCGUAACAUUACAGCGCCAUGGCCACAGCAGCAGCAGCAACAGCAGCAGCAGCAGUCGGCGCAUCAUGGGCACCAUCAUCAUCACCAGCAUCAUCAUCAUCCGCAUCACACCAGCCACAGCCAGGGACAUCAGUCAACAGCAGCCACAGCAGCAGCAGCAGCUGCAACUAAUGCAGCCGCAGCAUCUUCUGUCGGCGGCAACAAUCGCAAACCAAAGACGACUUCCUCAUUUCAAAUCACCUCGGUGACUGUGGGUCACGCCAAGCUGAAUGCUGCCGGCGACACGGGCGACGAGUCUGCCGAUGAUCUAGAUGAAUCUCAUACGGAUGACAAUAGUCGGAUUACAGAUCUAGAGAAUGAAACGCCAUCCAUGUCGGAGGACACGUUCUCCAAGGAGGAAGUCUUCUUUGCCAACAAUGCAUUGAGCACCACAGCGCCGGUGAUACCCACCAGUUCACAGUACGGCCUCGUUGUGGUAGACCCGAUUGGCCCAGCGCUGGGCCAGACCAUACAGAACGUCCAGGUGAACGUCUCGGAUAAUAUCAUCAAUGUGGUUAGCGCGGCGGUGACGCCAGGCGGCACCAAGAAAAAGGAAGACAUGAAGGAGACGCAACAUCGCAGCGAACGCUUUAAGGUGGUCAAGAUCGAGUCGACGGAGCCGUUCAAGCGUGGCCGCUGGAUGUGCAUGGAUUAUCUGGAUCACUCGAGUGUGGGUGCGGCCAAUAACAAUGAAAAGACUGGUAACACGGAAGGCACAUCGGCAAGUGUUGGUGCUGGUGUGGGUGUUGGUGCUGGUGGCAUCGGGCCCGGCAGCAACAUGCUGGAGGGUGGCUGCGAUAUCCCAAAGACAACGCAGAGCAUGAUUUUGCCGCCGAGUAUGCUGCACGAGAAUCACUUGGAGGCGGCCUCGGCGGAUGCCAAUUGGAAUUAUUCCGACCAGCAGCAGCAGCAGCAGCAGACGCAACAGCAACAGUUGCAGGCGGGCGCUGGCAAUGGGGCAGCAACAAUUGGCGGUGCGGCGACUGGCAUACACAUGACGGGCACGCCCAGCGGUGUAAUGACCGCCCCUGCCACUGUGGUGCAUGGCAUGCAGCAAUUUGUAAAUGCGGCCAACAGCGAAGCGCAGCAACAACAGCAGCAGCAGCAACAACAACAACAGCAGCAACUCUAUGACAGCGUCAAUGCUAAUGCAGGCACGCCCAAUGCCAAUGCGGAGGGGUCGCAGCAUGGUCAAACGUUGCCAAUGGACUAUGCCACAGCAGCGGCCCAACAGCUGCAACAGUCGCUGCAGCAGCUGAAGCAACAGGAGCUCGCAGCAGCAGCAGCUGCGGCCGCUGCGGCAGCAAUGGAUGUGGCAGGCAAUACGAGUGCAGGCUAUUUGCCGGCCACGAGCGGCAGCAACAACAGCAGCAGCAAUAACAAUAACAACAACAGCAACACAAAUGUUGCUAGCACAGGAGCAACAGUUGUUGUCGGGGAGAGCAACAUGAGCAACAGCUAUGUGGAACAGCAGCAGCAGCAGCCAUUGUCGCCGGCCACGCAAACGCCUCAGGCACCGCCGCCCACAUUUGCAGCAGUUGCUGCCGGGCAGCAACAGCCACCGCCGAACUUCCAGUUGGAGCCGCAGCAACAACAACAACAACAGCCACAGGCAACAUCGCAAAUCGAUGGCAUUGCACCGGCCACUGCAGCAUUCCCAGCUGCAACAGCAGCAGCAGCAGCCGUAGCAGCGGCAAAUCAGACUUCAAACACUUCCACUAGCACAGCAGCAACAGUUGCCGGCACAGCAACAGCAGUGGCAGCAGCCACUGUAGUUAAUGCAGCAGCAACAGUUGCAGCUGGCCAAACGUUGCCAUUGCUGACGCAUCUGAACAAUUACGAGCCAACAACUGUUGCAGCAACACCAGCAGCAAUACCUGCAAUGCAGUUGCAAAGCGCGCCAGCAACAAUUGCCGAUGUGCAGCAGUUGGUGCUUGACGAGCAGCAGCAACAAGCCGCAGCAGCAGCAGCAGUAACAACAUCAUCACAGACUCAACCACAAUUACCGCCAACAAAUAUCGCGAGUGUCAGUGCCAACAGCAAUGUGAAUUUAACAAAUGCAACUGCAACAGCAGUGGAUGCAACGACAACAUCGCUUGCAUUGAGCGACGAACAGCAACAAUCGACAUCAGUGGCAACUGCAGCAGCAGCAGCAGCAACAUCGGCUGCUUCUACAACAGCCGCAGCAACAGCAGCAGCAACAUCAUCAACAACAACACAGCAACAAAUACAACAGCUACAGCAGCAACCAAAUGCAGAAUCAGAGACUGAAAGGUAUGUGAACUCUUUUAAAUGUACUUGAUUUAUGAUAAGCCUGGGCUGUGGGUAAGUGAAAACCCAUUAAUUAUUUAAUUGGGACUAUUUGAUUUGCUAGAAAGUUGACUUUUCUGACAAUUAUUUGAUCUAAAUGGAAACUAGAAACUGUUUAUUGAAAAUAAUAUUAUUCAAUAAAUCAAUUGUAAUUAUUAAACCUUAAAAAUUUGCAAUAUUUUUGCAAUAGAAAUUAUAUGAAAUUAAAUCUAAUAGACUCAAAAGAGUACAAGCCAGAUUUAGAAUUUGUUUUCAAGCAAUCAAUUUUAUACAAUUAACCUAAAAAAUAUAAAACCUCAACUUUUUUUUUCUGACAUAAAUCAUUUGUUAAUGUGAACUUUUGCAACACGACUUAUCAUAAGUCCACAAACUCUAUAAUAAUAGUAAUCAAAGUAUAUAUCAAAAUUAUAAUCGCCUGAGUAUCAAUCAAAGUCAACAACGCUCAGAUUUCUCAAACGAUGACGAAACUUGUAAAACCACUUUUUAUAAACAAAGAAAAACACGUCGAAGCGCUGUAAUUUGUAUAAUUAGGAGUUGCCAGCGUUAGAUGACUAUCCCCUGCUUGUAUUGCAUAGCAUUAAAUGCACACCCACAUUUUGCGAUUUUGCAAUUGUCAUAUAGUCAGACAGUUAAUGAACUAUAAUAUAGCAGAAACAAGGAACCACGACCAGGAAAUGGGUGAAGCCAAGACAAAAGAACAAGAUGUAAGCUAACAAAUCGAUGUGAUUACAUUGGGUAUUAAAGCAAACAGAGAGAGAGAGAGAGAUAGAGAGAGAGAGGGUGAAUGUUUAUGAGUGAAGUUUGACUGAUAGAUAUCCUAUAUUAUCAGGAAAUGAUGAGACGUAAAUAAACAAUUCAAUAUGAUAAAUAAAUGAAAAAAUAUACAAACGUAGAUGCUUGGGCAGAUUUUUUAAAACUAAGACAUUCUGAAAUUGUGGAAGUGGAUGAGCGACAGGGAGGUAGAGCGAGGAAAAAGAAUGAGCAGACGUUUAUUCAAAAUGGAAAGCAGCUUGAUCUUUCUUAUAAUAACUCAUCGAGUUGAGGGCUAUUGUUUUAAUGUUAGGAAAAGUGAUCUAGAAUCAUUGAAUCGAUAAUUAUCGAUCUAAGAAAAAGCAUAAACAAAUCUUUGCAACUAACCAUAAAUAUUUACCAGAGGGUCAAAUAUCCCAGAGUAUGACAUUUCCUUUAACUCAAGUUUUGCAGACAACAAACGAUAACGUUUUUUUUUUAUCGAUUGUUGUUAUAAUAAAAAUUUAUCGUUAGAAGGCUAAGUGUAGGAAAACAAUGUAUUCAGAAAAAAACUAUGUCGUCUGUAAUUAGUUCGAUAUUCCGGAAUAAGAAGAACAGGAAAAGAGAUUUUACAAAUCGAUAAUUAUCGAUUUAUAUAAAAAUCAAUUUCUUUGCUAAAGAGAAAUCCCUAUUCUGUCUCACAAUUUUGCAAGCAGUUAAACCAGUUGUGCUUCAACCUGUUACAAACAACUGAGCAGCUGCUACAGACCCCUGAUGUAUUGAUUUUCAAUAGUUACAGGGUACAAAGACAGCGACAAUAUAAAGAAAACAACAAUAGUCAACUACGACGCCACAUUGUCUGGCACGAAUCGUUGUUUACAAAGGGACAGCAAGACAGCAGAAUGAGAGGGAACGUUAAUUUCCACAGCGUGAACAGAUACACGCUUACAGAUACAGAUACAGAUACAGAUACACAGCUGUAGAAAUAGAUACAACUUAUGUACAUCGGCUGGCGUCGUAAAUUGCAUUUAAAUGGCUGCCAGUUAAACUGCCAAUAAAUGUAGCAAACUCUGCUCUGCCUCCACUGGAUGCCCACCGAGUGGAUAUAGUUCGUGGCCCGCGGGGCGAUUUUCAUCAUCUGAGUUUUCACUAACUAGCGACACGUGCGACUCGGCUUCGAGCAAAGCAAUUUCAUUGUUAUCAUUAUUAUUGCAUUGCAAUUCCAUUAUUUAACAGUAUAGCAGCGACAAUGCAUUCGCUGCGGGUGGGGCUAGGAAACUUCUUGUGGAUAUCUUUGAUCCAUUGCUCCAGGAAAUUCUUUGUAAAUAACUGUUACUGUGUAUACUGUAUAUUAAUAUAAAUGUUUUUAGUUCUUUGUAUAUAUAUAUAAUGUUCAUAGUCUAAUACUAUCUACGGCAAUGGUAUUUGCUUAAGGAGUGUAACCAAUUUCCUCUCUGGUGCUGUUUCUUCCUUCCUUAACUCUAUAGAAGCAAAUAUUUCCUAGCUGUAUUUGAUAUUAAGUAAAUUCCAUUUGAUUAAGUAUCAGGUCAAUGUAUUUAGUCUUUAUCUUGCUUUCUAUUCUAUGCUCAAUAAAGUAUUGAAUAUAGCAUAUUAUUUUAUUCCUCAUCCAUAAACGUUUUACUGGUAGUUUCGUAUAAGCGAGUCUCGAGUUUCGAUGAAUUUAUUUAAAUUAUCCAUGAAAAUAAAAUGUAAGCAAUCUUUUCUUAUAUAUCUAAGCUCUUUGAAUAUUAAUUUAGUUGUUAUGGGAUUUAUUCUAAUGAUUUGAUUGUUUUUUCUAAUCAAAACAGUUCAAGCACUCCUCGCAAAUAAAGCUUCAGUUUGGUGCAUAUGGUUGCGCUCAUUUGCAUUUUAAUGAAGCUAAGGUCCUAAGGCCAAUUAAUUUGAUUAAUUACUGUAUUUUUUAUUAAUCAUAUUUUUUAUACAAAUUUAAGAAUUCUUAUAUAACCAAAUACGUAUAAGAAAUUAUAUGUAUUCUAAAUUCAUUUCUUACUUAUAUUUCUAUAAACUUUUAUUAAUCGAAGCUGAACUUUGCCGCUUGCAAAAAGCGGUUUUGAUUAUUGAAUGUCAGAUUAAAAAAAAAAAGAAUAAUUAAAUACGCUUAAAGGUCAUAUUUAAUUGUUAAGCUAAUAGUUGAAAUAUGUUUAAUUAAUUUUUUUUAAUAGCCUCAGUGAAUUUUGAUUAGAGCUCAGCGAAUUUUGUUUAGAACUUAAAUGCCUUUAUGUUCAUUGAGGUAGAUGGCUUUACUUGCUAAAAUAUAUAAAGAAUAAAUAAUUGAUUCUAUUAGGCAGCUUUUCCACAAUGUACUUUCUUAUAUUUACUAACAUCUUAUAUAACCGCAAAGAGCUAAUUAAAGUUCCUGCUUGAUAUAAAUUAAACUUUGUGCCUCACAGUCAACAGUCACGAGCUUUCAUUCUGGAGGCCAUCUCUUUUGUUGACCCUUUGCUCGCACUGAGUACAAAAAUUAAUUACAUUUUGUUAGCCACGUGGCGAAUGUUUAUAUACAGUUACUUGUGUAAAGCGAGAGCUGCAUAUAUGAGUAUGUAUGUAUAUACCUACCUUUAUAUAUAUACUUAGUGCAAAAACAAUUUGCAGCACAUUCUGCUUGGACGUUUAUUUGGCCAAGCUAAUGAGCCGCCUGGCCAACACAGAAAACGACCCCAUGACUACAGGCUCUCUCUUUACACCCUCUAAAACAGCAGGGGAUGGGAGCUGGUUGGUUUGUUUUAUGUCGGCCGGGUGGUAAAAAUAAACCAAAGCUCUUGGCACAUGGUGUGCGCUUCAUUAGCCGCUACAAACAAAGCCAAAAUCAAGCAAAAAGUCCAAAAAUAAAAUGAAAAACGAUAUAUAUAAAACAGAAAACAUUUGCAGAGCGCUUAAGUUCAUUAUGGUAUCGGGUUUCAGAUGGUUCGCUUAUGACCUGAGCGGAACUUGGAGAGUCUAUAGACCCCAUUGAGACCUCUAGGGCUGCCCUAGGGGGGCCCUCUCUGUCUGUUCAGCUAUAGCUGUUGACGUGGCUAAUAUAUCGCAUAGAGACGCAGACAGUUUGGCGACGCGGCUAAAAACGCAAAAGAAAGCAAAUUAAACGAGUCUAGUUGGGAGUGAUUGACUAGAGAAUACCCUGUAUUGAUUGCUUUUACAUAUAUUUAUAUCAAAAUCAUGUUCAAGCUUUAUAAAUGAUUUACUAAAAAAAAUAAAUAUAAAUGUCUGAUUUAUUGCCAGAGGACCUGUUCGAUAUUUAUCGAUUUUGGACCGGUUUUUGGACGAUCAGACCACAAAUAUUCUCCUCAUAAUUAUAGUAAACUCCAUCAUAGGUCUACUACUGCUCGUUGAAUAAACCCUAACUACUCGCCAGUUAUUUACAGGAUAUCAAAACGAUUUUGCACAUAUUUCUACGCUUUUCUUUGUCUCUUUGCAUAAUUCUUAUGAAACACAGAGAGUCGGUAGAUCGGGAUAGUUCGAGCCAUGCAAUUUUCGCUUGCGAAAUUAAAAGCAAAAAAAAAGAAGCAGCGUAUAGCGAAAAAAAUAAUUAUGCAAAAUUCAGCGUAAUUUAUAUCAAUUAUGGUCGAAUAAGUCGAAUAUUGAUUGCACUCGCUGAGACAGUCACAUAAUAAACUUCAUUUGAGAUGGAAAUAGAGGAAAAUCAUAUAUAAGUCAAGUCUCUUUUAUGUCCUUAAAUAAAGUUUGUUCUCGAUAAUUUUAAUUUCCGUGUAAAUCGAGUUAUCGACUGUGUAAAUGAAUAAUCGACUCUAUUUUUCAGUGCUGCAAAAUACAACAAAAUGCUAAUUAUCUAAUUUCGAAAUAGUUAAGGAGUCUCCCUUUCAUCACUUAGUCAACAUGGCCUGAAAAGCACUCUGCAUUUGGAAAGAGUAAAAGCAUGGAACGCCCAUUUUGGCCUAAUUACAUAGCCAAGUUGCAAUUGACUUGAGUUCCGUUGCCAGUGCAACUGUGCAACAGUGCAACAAGCGGCGUCUGGCAAAUGGUUGCAACUUGCAACUUCAAAGGCAAAUGCCGCAACAGCAAAAACUUUAUUAGUUGCAAUUUGAUUUGAUGAUUGUUUUGCCUCGGCUUCUUCGUCUUCUGCUCGUUGUGUCUGCUUGAAUUUAAUUAUGUGCGAAUUGCCAAACAGCAGCAGCAGCCACUGUAGCGAGCGUGGCCUGUAGACAGCCUGCCUGCGGUUAUUUGUGCACAAACUGAAAUGAAAUGAUUUCCAACAUGAAUGCAAAACACAAAGUGGCUGCAACUUUGUGUGGCAUGUGGCAGAAAGGCUAACGAGUCUGCAGAUGAGAUAUUUAUGACAGAUAUAUAUGAUAUAUGAAAUAUAUUAUUUUGUAUACGCCAUAUAGACAUUAUAGCAUCUUACAGCCUUAAAGUAUGCCAAGAAUUCUAUUUAUAAUAAAAGGCUAGAAAUUUAUUUUAUGCUGAAAUAUUUAUAGAUAAGAUACUUUUUACAGACAAUAUUUAUAAAAUGUAGGCUAUCUCUUUCUAAAUGAUAUCAUUUAGUCAACUUUAAGUUGUUUAUAAUAAAAUAUUUGAUAAAAUAAAAUAAAAUAUUUGAUGAUACAUAUAAUGCUUGGGUAUACUCAAGCAAUUUCUGUAUCUGUACCUGUUUCUGUAUCAAAAUUGCUGAGUAUAUAUCUGACAAUAUACUCCACAUGCACUAUUUACCAUAUAUGAUUAAACUUCUUUUCAUAAUUUUCUGCAAGAACAAUGGAGUUGACGACCAUUAAAGUGGCAUUAAAAUACCCUCAUAUUAAAUGCACAUAAGCUAGGGUAUUUUUAAGUCUAUACUCUGCAUAUAUAUUUCAUGCUCAGUUUUGUUAUGACGCUUCAUUUGAAAAUAUUGCCAUAGUUUGUUUUUGUUUUUCGGUGCAAAUGGAGCAAUGAACUGCUCUUAGUAGGUCUCUUCCGUCCAGUCGCUUUCUGCCCCUUUCUCGCUCUAUAUCAUACUCUAGCCCUCUCUCUAUGUCUCUCCUCUACUCCCUCUGCAUCUUGCAGUCAAAUGUACAUUUGCAUUUGCGAGCUGUUGUUAUUCGACCGGAACUGUAAGCUCGUAGUGCCCAUUACGACAAUUGCAAAAAAAAAAAAAAAAAAAAGAAAGCAAAGC